UCAAAGAUACAUUGAAUUUUUUUUUUUUCUAAUUUUUUUUUCUGAUCAAGAUUCAAACCCUAGAUCAGUUUUCUACUCUUUUUUCUUCAUAGAACAAUAAUGGGUAACAGCUUAAGGUGUUGUUUGGCUUGUGUUCUUCCAUGUGGGGCUCUAGACUUGAUCCGAAUAGUGCAUUUGAAUGGUUAUGUAGAAGAGAUUACACGUUCAAUAACAGCAGGAGAGGUUCUCAAAGCAAACCCUAAUCAUGUUCUAAGCAAACCAAGCUCCCAGGGUGUUGUUCGCCGGAUUUUGAUCCUCUCGCCGGAAACUGAACUCAAGAGGGGCAGCAUAUACUUCUUGAUUCCGGCAUCGUCUUUGCCGGAGAAGAAACGCUUAGUUGGAAAGGGAAGCAUUGGCGACAGUGAUCUCAACAAGAAGAAAGCUUCAUCAAAAGAAAGCAACAAGUGUUAUGAUAAUGAUGGUUACUCUUCAUCACACCACAAAGUCUCUACUCACAAAGUCUCUAAAGAGAAGAAAUCCUCACGCCGGGAUCGCCGGAAAGGUCGUGUCGGAAUAUGGCGGCCUCAUUUGGAGAGCAUCUCGGAAGAUUAGUUUUAUCUUUCCGGUCGCCGGCCGGUACCGGAAUUCAGCAUGUCCGAGAGGAGAGGGAGAACCCAAAAAAAUGGUUCAACUAUUGAAAUAUACCAACAUGACCUUUUU